CCCGCCUCCGAUAUUCCGCGACGUGACAGUAACGUCACGGGGGGAUUUGAUUCUGAUUCGAAUUCUGAUUCUAUGAUGUUUAUAUUAUAAUUGUAUUCUAUUUUAUACAUUUACUGUAUUUAACAGGUUACAUGAAAGAUGAGUGAGAAGAAGAAAAAGAAACAGUGUGGAACAGCUGGAGCAGCUAAAGCGUCCAUAAUGAGCACAACAUCUGACCAUAGACCGAAAUGUUUUAGGGAUAUUAUGGACCUUGUUCUUCAUCUGAGCGAUGAGGAAUGGAAGGCUGUGAGCCACGGCAUGACGAAGGAGUUCACAAGGGUGAAGUUUGCGGUUACGUGCACAAAAAUCGUGACAAUGGUGUCGUCUGUUAUCGUUCGGCGUUUACUGAAGCCUCUCAGCAAAAGCUUCGGGAUCGAAGCGAUUGUCAAGGCAAAUGACAAGCUGAAGGAAAUGGAAUCGGGCAAGGAAACGGAAUUGGCUUCAGCUCAAAAAUCCCCUAUGGAAGCAUCUGAUUUCAUCUGUCAUCUCGCUAAGAGAAUCGUCACAGAAAUUAAAGGUGCAAUGCUGGAGGCAAUUCGGAGCGUGGCAUCAGCACCACAUGUGAACUUGGUAGAAGAAAAUCAGUUCUCACAGAUAGAUGAUCUCAGCAUCACAUGCACAAAUGAGAUCUGUGAUAAGAUUGUGGCCCUGUAUCAGUCUAAAGAUUUCAGCAGACCAGAUGAAAAAAACACUUUAUUAAUGUCACUAAAGUCCCUCCUGAAAGUCCAGAAAUUAAUGAAGGGUUUGGAAGAAACUGUCUCCAUGAGCAGGUCCUCUUCUUGGAAUACCGUAUCCACAGUUUCUCAGUUGACCUCCCCAUUGUCUGAAGUGAUGACUCCUGAAUGUGCCUCAUCACCUCCUCAACCUGAGGUCCCUUUCAGUGAUCAGUUUGUGAGCAAAGCCUUAGAAAUGAUAACUGAAGUUCUUCUGAGAACGGAUGAAAAGCUUGCCGUCUCAGUGUCAUCCAAAACCUCUGUCCCUGCCUCCAGUGAGACAGAACUGAAUUCCCUGAUGGAGCUGGCCAAAAGCAAAGCCACGGAAAUUCUGCAGAAAUUAUUUUUUUUGCUUCACAGUUGCAUCGAUGCUGACCAGUCUGUACCAGAACACGAGGCCUUCCUCGCUUAUGCUCAAAAGAUCCACAUGGAUAUCCACAAGCGGGUGUUUACAUACGUCAGUGAGCGGCAGCAAGCCGUUUCAGAGAAAAGCAAGAUGGAAUCUGAUGUCGCUGCUAAACAGGUUCUAGAUAAAGCCACCCAGGAUGUAAGUGAUAUCCUGGAGAAGAGCUUAGCUUCACACAUUUCCAAAGGAACAAUCAGUGUGACAGGCUUGGGUUCCGGCACAGCGGCAGUAGAUCUAGAUCGAGUCGCUUCUGGUAGCAUUAACAAGGUGAUCAGUGGAGUAUCUCAGGAGAUUGGAUUAUCUAACAUGGAGCACAAGCCUCUGCCUUCAGACCAGAACGGUCAUUAUGUUCCUCUGAGCCUUUUUACUGUGGCCCGCAAUCAGUUGAAAGCUUUUUUCACUUCCUUCUCUAAAAGUGCUGCUGGAGAUGACAAAAAGAUAGAUGUGUCAGCUGGCACUGGGGAUGGCAUAGCUCACGAGCAGGAAGUUGGCCCAGACUCUGUUCCAGAGAGAAGCAUGUUACUCUCUAUGCAAUUUCCUCCUGAGCUCAUUUACUUGUUUGUAGAGGAGUCCACUAAGGCUUUAUUGCAAAACGUGCUAAAUGUCUGGUCGAGUGAUGGAAGUAAUGGAAGUGAUGGAAGUAAUGGAAGUGAUGGAAGUAAUGGACGCUCAACUCAAACAGCUGAGGGUCAGGAGAAGAAUAAGAGGCCUAGACAUCGCUUUGUUGUGAAGGCUGACAGGCUAGUGGUCGUUAAGUCUCCCAAAAAGCAGAGGAAGCGGCACAGAGAUGCACUGGAACCGGUGGACCAGCCGAGCACCUCUGAUUCACACAGAGUACCAAAGCCCUCGCGGUCGGUAUUUGAAAGAGCACGCAGGGCACUGGGCAGGUUCUGCUGCCGCAACUCUAAAACCACUCCGUAAACUCAUCACAGUUAUCCUGUGUCCAGUGAUUAUUAAUGAAUUUAUAGAAAUAUAACAGACAUAUAACCAAACAGAAAAAAACAAACAAAAAUACCACUCCAC